AUGACAAGCAAUGCAUCAAUGACAAUUUCAUCAAUAGAAGAAGGGAGUAUUGAUCGAGAUCGUAUUGUUGAUGGUGAUCUCGUACCUGAUGAAUAUUUUUGUCCAAUUUGUCAAUAUCUUUUAUGGAAACCAUGUUCAUGUUCAUCUUGUCAACAUCUUUUUUGCGAAAAAUGUAUUCGAAUAUGGUUAGAAAAUUCAAAUAAUGGAAAUAAAUGCCCAUUUCGAUGUCAACCAUUUAAAGAUCGACGUUGUCCACCAUAUUUUCAAUCAUUAUUAUCGCGUUUAAAUAUUCAUUGUCGAAAUUCAUCAUUUGGUUGUAGAGAAAUUCUCUCAUAUGAUACAUUGGAACAUCAUGAAAAUGUUCAAUGUCAAUAUUUGACUCAACGAUGUUCGGAAUGCGAAAAAUUGGUACUUAUAUCAUUACUUGAUGAGCAUCGACAAAUCCUAGGAUUUUGUGUUCCGCAGCCAAUCAAAUGUACUAUUUGUCAAAAUCAUAUCGAAAAAUCUGCUUUUAGAGAACAUUUUCAUGAAUGUUGCCAAAACAGAAUAAAUGAAUUAAAUCAACUGGCGUCUUUACGUCAAAAUUUACAAACAUUAUUACAUGGUCAAGGCAUAACAACACCUAAUCCUGCAUUGACAUUUUCCCAAACUGUAGCAAAUACAGUGCAACUAGUGGAACAACAAAAACAAAUGUCACAAUUACCAACAAGUUUAAAAGGAGUUGAUGUGAUUAGACGAGCACGAGAACAGUAUUGUGGUCAUCUUUAUCACAUAUUGAUUAUGUUGAAAUUUAUUUUACUUAAUUGGUGA